CUUACUCUUUUCUCUGGUUUUUCUAGUAACAGCCAUGAAUACACCACAAUGGCUAUAUAAUAUCACUCUCAAACUUCUGCUUAAUGCUUCCCAACAACCCUCUCUCCUGUCUUUUCUCCCUUCUUUCUCUCUUCAUCUUGCUUUAAUGCGAGGGAAAUGCCUAGCAAUUCCACAAUGGGUCUACUCCGCCUUCUUCUUCAACUCCAUCUUUGUAUUGCAGUGAUGGUUGUAGGUACAUUAAAACCAGCAGAGUCGACUCUUGUCAUUCGCUUUGAUCAAGCUCCUCCGGCUAGAUCAAGGUUCUCCACUGCUGUUUUUCGCUACUCUGUGGAGAGGUCAGAUGGUUCUAAUGCAUGUAGGAAUAAUGGGUGUUCUAUCUACUGUGAGCUUGAUGGCCAAACAUUGAGACCAUGCCCUGCUGAUACCAUAGCACUGAAAAACUUGACCGUAAAUCGUGAACAUAAGUUCCUUCUCAACAUCACAACCCCAGACAGGGAGAGAAAUUCAUCAGCAUAUUCAUGGUUCAUCGACACAAUACCUCCAACUGCAACGAUAUUUAGCCAUCAGAAUUACAUGAAUGCACAAAAAAUACCCAUUGAUGUUAUAUUCAGUGAAGCAUGUCCAGGACAGGGUGGCUUCAAGUGUGUGAACUCAUCUAAUUGUGAUGUCAUCGUCAAUGGUCCUGCCUCUAUAAAUGCAUCUUCACUGCGUAUCAUUAAACCGAAAAUCAAAUAUAGCCUUGAUAUUAUUCUCUCACCAAGAAGUAUAUAUGCCCGCUUGAUAAUUGAAAUGGCCGUGAAUUUUUGUACAGAUCAGGCUGGGAACCAUUUUACAAGAACAAAUGGUUCAGUUGUAGUUAUUCACAUAGAUAGAAGAUCGGUGGAGGUAGAUCUGUGGAUGUCUGCUCCAUCCUACAUGUUGGAGAUCAAUGGGGUCCCUAGAACUAUUCUUGCAACCAACAAAAUUGAGGACUUGAAUAUUUUCUUGGACUUCAGCAAACCUGUUCUAAAUUCAACAGAACAGAUCCUAAAGGCAUUGCAUGUGAAUUCGGGUAACCUCAUAGCUGAUCAUGAUAAAAGUGGUGGAAAUCGCCGAUUUGUUUUUAAACUCAAGAAUAUUAUGAGGACUGAAAUUAUCACAAUUGAACUACGGGCUAACUCAAUAAUUGGCAGGACAGGCGCUCCUGUCUCUGCUGCUGCCCCAGUUACAUUUCUCUAUGAUUCCACAGAGCCUGCUGUAGGGCUAAGUACAAACUCACCAAUGGUUACAAAGCAGUCCUACAUCAAUGUGAUAGUUGAGUUCACAAAACCAGUUUUUGGAUUUGAGGCCUCCAUAGUAAAAGUGGAAGGUGGGAGAGUUACAAGGUUUAAGGAACUUUCAAGAGCUCUAUACUCUUUGACAGUUUUGUCAUUAUCACACAAUGAAGUGUCAGUUACCAUCCCUGCAGGAAAAGUAAAUGACAUUUCAGGAAAUCGAAAUUUAGCUUCUAACAGGCUUGAAGUGAAGCAUUACUUGGUGCCUGAAAUAUCAAUUGCAUUCCACUCCUUUGUGACUGCCGGAGUAUUAGCAACAUCACUGGCAGCUGCUGUUCUUUCGCUCUCCUCUGCAAAUCUUGGAGCAGUAGGCACUCUUGCCACUGGGAGUACCAAUAUUAUUGUUUCCAAUCCAUCAAUGAACCUACAUGGGAUGGUGGGGCAUCUACAAGUGUUUGUCCUCUCAGACUGGUUCUCAGUUGGUCUGCCAAUUGAAUAUUCUGAGACAACAAAAGGUCUUAGGUGGCUUAUACCUCGUGAAAAGCUUCCAUGGAAAAAGGAAAACCCUUCAAUCUGGCCAAAUCAUUUUUUCUUGGCUGAAAAGAAGCUUGCAAUGGAAUUUAGUAGCUUCUCUGUUGCACUUCCUUCUCCUGAAAGGGCUUACCAUUCAGUUGACUUUAACUUAACCAACUUGCAAUUUCCGGCUAGGACUGGUCCCAAGGCCAGUUGGUUCAGAGAGCACAAUAUAAGCAUGGAGAAUAUAGCUUAUGGAUCACCACUAAAUUUCAGCGAAUAUUUGAUUUAUUUCCUGAGAGGAGAACCAUUGUCAGCUAACAAUGUUGUCAAAAGAAUGGAGAAUUACAAAGGGUGGGAAGACUUGGAGAUGAACUUGUUCUGGCUUGGUGUUGGAGGAGGGAGUUUAAUUAUAAUCCAUAUUCUGAUAUUAAUUUUCCUAAGAUGGAGGACUGGAACAUCAGCUCAUGGGAUACUUUCUGUACCCAGGUUUGAGCUCUUUCUUCUAAUUCUUAUGCUGCCUUGUAUAUCUCAAUCUUCAGCAUUUGUCAUCAGAGGUGGUACAACAGGGGGAAUAAUUGUUGGGGCUCUUUUACUAGCAAUCCCUGCUGCCCUUAUUUUCUCAGUGUGCCUCUUUCUUAUAGUUGCAAUCUUCUCUGGCAGUUUUGCUCAGUAUAAAGAGGUUAGGCAUACAGGCACAAAGGAAGAAGGAUGGUGUAGUAAACUAUGGGUCUCUAUCGCUGGGAGGUCCACCACUGGAAAGUGGUUUUAUAGGGAAGGACUGCCUUCGACUUUCCUCCAGCGAUUUGGGAUUCUGUUUGAGAGUCGGAAGGGUCCUCCACUGCUUGUCUUGGUGGAUCAGAAUGACCUGAGCAGCUUACCUAAGUGGACUGAAAGCGGGCAAAGUGGGAUUGGAAGAAUGAGAGCUCUGAGUUCAGAUGACAGCAAUGAAGAAACCAAAAUUCCCAUGUCAAAGAGGCUCUUGGGAUGCGCCAGAUCCUCCUAUAUCAUUUUCGAUCUUUUAAGGAGAGUUACACUUGGCAUAAUAUCUGGAGCUUACUCAUCGCAUGGAUCAAGCCAAAGCCUCAUUGCAUUGUCAAUCACCUUGGCACAGUUCCUGUAUCUGUUUACUCUUAAACCAUAUAUCAGAAGGGGAGUCCACAUAGCGGAGAGUGUCUCCCUCUUGUGUGAGGCAGGCAUCUUUGGCUUAUCUUUCAGCAUGGUUGGCUCAAAUCCAAAUCAGGAAAGGACUGUGGGAUUUGUGAUGUUGGCUCUCCUUUUCCUUACCUUCUCUUCUCAGCUUGUCAAUGAAUGGUAUGCUCUGAUGAAAUGCCUUCUGAGACUCUCACAGCCUCAAAAGAAUUCGUUCAAGCUUGGGUUGAAAUGUGCUGCUCAGGGUCUUGUCCUGCCCUUCCUCCCAAGAAAGCAUUGGUGGACAAUAAUACCUCUAUCUUCCCAACCUAAAACGGGCCCAGCUGAGCCAUUAAGUUGCAUGACUGCAACAGUUGUCCCUGUUCUCAGUCCUGGUUCACCCUUUAACGCUAAUCAAACAAUAGCUUCUACAGCUGCAGAUACAAUCCUCAAUGGGCAGAGAGCAGAAGGUAAACAGCCAAAGGGAGUUAAAUUGGAAUCAAAGAGUGAGAUGAGGAAGCUAAGGGAGUUGGCGAGGGCUAGUUUCUCAGGAAAUCCAAAGGGUGAGGAAGGCAGUACAAGCUAUGCCCCUAAACUGCAGUGUUUCUCAGGAGAAGCUUCUUUAUCUCAACCCUCCUUUUGGAAAGGCAGACUCUGAUGUAUAAAUUUGUAGGGCACGUAGCUUUCGGGGUUAUCCUAAUACAUUUUUUUUGUUCUCCUAGACACGCAUUACAACUUCUGAUAAUCAUCUUAAUUUUUCAGUCCGCUAUUCCAGCUUUAUCCAUGUGACUAAUGAAGCUAGUUUUCCAGA